UUCUUUUCAUCAAACAAGUGCUCUGCCCCCUACAAGAAAUAUUACUCUUUCAUUUUCUUCUAAAAAUCAAAACAUUAUGGCUGUCACUACCUUCACUGAGGAGAACACUUCUCCACUUCCACCCAAAAGAAUAUUCAAGGCCUCCAUUAUUGAUUCUCAUAACUUGAUCCCAAAGUUGAUGCCACAAGCUAUCAAAAGUAUUGAGGUUCAAGGUGAUGGAGGUGCUGGAAGCAUCAAGACUAUCAAUUUUCCUGACGGUGGUAAUUUUAAGUCCAUAAAGUAUCGUGUUGAUGAGCUUAAUGAGGAGACAUACACGUAUAAGUACACACUGAUCGAAGGUGACGGGCUGGUAGACAAUCUUGAGAAGAUAACUUAUGACGUGAAGUUUGAGCAGUCACCAGAUGGUGGUUCCAUCUCUAAGGUGACUAGCGCAUACUAUACUGUGGGAGAUUUCAAACUCAAGGAAGAGGAAAUUAAGGCAGGCAAGGAGAAGGUCUUGGCGAUGUUCAAAGCUGUAGAAGCCUAUCUCCUUCAGAAUCCUGAAGCCUAUGCUUAGACGGUUGUUGUGUUAUGGGAUGGUUGUUUUUUCUCCUAGUCCUAAGUUUGUCUUUCAUGUUUGUCGCAGCAAUAAGUAUCUUCUGGUGUGAAUAAUGUUGUUGGCUGUUUUAUGGUUAAAAUACUGAUAAUCUUGAAUUUUUUUUUCAA